CGGUCCUGGCCCCAUUUCCGAGCCUGCUUUGGGGCCCGCGCGGUGGCGGUGCCGUGGGCCGCCUGGGACCUCUGUCCGCGGCCUGGGUUCUCUGCCCGCCGUCCGGGCUCUGUCCCCAGCGGGUCUCAGGGGUUGCGCUCUCCCCCGGGCACCAGUGUGGGAACGGGCAGUGCAGUCACCUGCGGGGCGGGGGCCGUUUGGGUUCCGUCCCGCGCAGGGUGGCCCCAAGUGACCACAACCGGGCCAUGGGGACAGCGCUCGUGUACCACGAGGACAUGACGGUCGCCCGUCUACUCUGGGACGACCCCGAGUGCGAGAUGGAGUGUCCUGAGCGGCUGACUGUAGCCCUGGAGCAGCUGCAGCGGCGCGGUCUGGAGCAGAGGUGCCUGCGGCUGGCGGCGCGGGAGGCCUCAGAGGCGGAGCUGGGUCUAGUGCACAGCCCAGAGUACGUGGCCAUGGUGCGGGGGACCCAGAGCCUGGGCAAGGGAGAACUCCAGGCACUGUCUGGACAGUACGACACAGUCUACUUCCACCCGGUGGGUGCCCCUCAACCUGCUUUCACCAAGCUCCACACACCCUGCUCGAUGCCACUGCCUAGCACGGGCUCAUUUGGCACCCCCACCCCACAGAGCACCUUCCACUGUGCCCGGCUGGCUGCAGGGGCUACGCUGCAGCUGGUGGACGCUGUGCUGACAGGGGCUGCACACAACGGACUUGCUCUUGUGAGGCCUCCUGGCCACCACAGCCAGCGGACGGCUGCCAAUGGGUUCUGUGUGUUCAACAAUGUGGCUAUAGCGGCCGAGUACGCCAAGCAAAAACAUGGGCUGCACAGGAUCCUCAUUGUUGACUGGGAUGUCCACCAUGGCCAAGGCACUCAGUACAUCUUUGAGGAUGACCCCAGCGUCCUCUACUUCUCCUGGCACCGCUAUGAGCAUGGGCGCUUCUGGCCCUACCUGCGAGAGUCAGAUGCAGACGAGGUCGGCCGGGGUCACGGUCGUGGCUUCACUGUCAACCUCCCCUGGAACCAGGUGGGGAUGGGAAAUGCUGACUACGUGGCGGCCUUCCUGCACGUGCUGCUCCCCCUGGCCUUUGAGUUUGACCCCGAGUUGGUGCUGAUCUCCGCUGGCUUCGACUCAGUCAUCGGGGACCCUGAGGGGCAGAUGCGGGUCACGCCAGAGUGCUUUGCCCACCUCACACAGCUGCUGCUGGUGUUGGCCAGAGGCCGGGUGUGCGCUGUGCUGGAGGGCGGCUACCACCUUGAGUUACUUGCCGAGUCAGUAUGCAUGACUGUCCAGGCACUGCUGGGUGAUCCUGCCCCGCCUCUGCUGGGGGCCAUGGUGCCAUGUGGAAGUGCCCUGGAGUCCAUCCAGCGUGUCCGGGCAGCCCAGGCCCCUCACUGGACAAGCCUCCAGCACCAGGACAUGGCUCCAGUGCUGAGUCCCAGCAUUGGCUCCCCAGAAGCGAGGCCCCCGCCCCCGCCACCUGCGGGUGCUGAGUACAUGGUGGCAGCAGCGGCUGAAGCAGUGGAAGCGCUGCGUGCCCUUCUGGACCAGCUGCGUCUCCGUCCCCUGCCUCCAGUCCGUACUGCCAUUGCCCUGACAUCGACAGACGCUGCCCUGGUCCUGCCCCCUGGUGUCCUCCAUCAGGAAGGGUCAGCCCCAAGGGAGGAGACCGAGGCCUGGGCCAGGCCCCAUGAGGCCCUGGUCCGGAACGAAGCCCUCACUGCGCUUGGAAAGGUCCUGAACCUCAUGGAUGGGAUCUUGGGUGGGCAGGUGAGCAGCGGCAUCGCAGCCACACCUGCCCUUGCCACCGCUGCCACCCUGGACGUUGCCAUCCGGCGUGGCCUAUACCUCGGGGCCCAGAGACUGCUGUGCGUGGCCGUGGGACAGCUGCAACGCCCCCCCCACCUCUCUGAUGACGGGAGGAUCCUGUGGCUGGACAUUGGGGGCCCGGAAGCAGCAGCCCUUUCCAUGUUCCACAUCUCUGUGCCGCUGCCAGGGGCGACUGGGGGGCUCCUGAACUGUGUCUUGGGCCUGGUGCUGCCCCUGGCCUAUGGCUUCCAGCCUGACGUGGUGCUGGUGGCACUGGGGCCAGCCCCUGGCCUGCAUGACAGCCACAGUGCACUUCUGGCCUCAAUGCUUCGGGGACCAGCAGGAGGCCGAGUCCUGGCCCUGGUGCAGGAAUCCAAACCCCAGCUUACAGGGGCCCUGGCCCGGGCGCUGCAUGGAGAGGCACCCCCAAGCCUGGGCCCCUGCUCUGCGGCCUCGCCCGAGGACACGCAGGCCCUAAAGCACCUAAGAGAGCAGCUGGAGCCUAAGUGGCGGAUGCUGCAGGUGGCUGUGACAUCACCUGGAAGCUUGCAAUCAGCUGAGGGGGAACAAUUCGCACCACAGAACUAACACUACAAACCAGCCGCCCAGAGCUGGAGCUUUGCUGGCCACAGCCACACCCAGCCUCCAGCAACUACCUCAACACCAGGCCCCUCCACCUCCCCUCCUCCUCCCCAUCAGUAAAUGUCAGUUAAAUGAAAGCCUGACUCUCUCUCCUUUAUUGGGCCUAUGCUGUUGUUAGGUGCUGUCAAGUCGGUUCUGACUCAUAGUGACCCCACACACAACAAAAUGAAACACUGUCCAGUCCUGCGCCAUUACGUCUGAGCCCAUUGUUGCAGCCCCUCUGUCAAUCCAUCUUGUUGAGGUUGUUGAGGGUGUUCCUCUUUUUUGCCGACCCUCUACUUUACCAAGGAUGAUGUUCUUCUGUAGGAACUGGUCCUUCUGAUAACAUGUCUAAAAUACCUGAGUGGAAGUCUUGCCAUCCUUGCUUCUAAGGAGCAUUCUGGCUGGACUUCUUCCAAGACAGACUUGUUCAUUCUCCUGGCAGUCCAUGGUGUAUGCAGUAUUUUUGGCCAGCACCACAAUUCAGAGGCAUCAACUCUUCUUCGGUCUUCCUUAUUGAUUAUGCAGUUUUUUUUACAUGCAUAUGAGGUGAUUGAAAGUAUUAUAACUAGCAUUAAUUUUUUACAUUUAUCUUUUUAAAUUGUGUUUUAAGCGAAAGUUUACAGCUCAAGUUGAUUUCUCAUACAAAAAUUUAUACACAUUGUUAUGUGACCCUAGUUGCUCUCCCUGUAACAUAACAGCACACUCCUCCUUUCCACCCUGGAUUUCCUGUGUCAACAAGCUCCUGUCCCUUUCUGCCUUCUCAUUUCACCUCCAGACAGAAGCUGCCCAUUUAGUCUCAUGUAUCUACUUGAAUUAAGAACCAUGCUCUUUAAAAGUAUCAUCUUCUGUCUUAUAGUCUAGUCUAAUCUUUGAAGAGUUGGCUUCGAGAACGGUUUUAGUUCUUGGUUAACAGAGAGUCUGGGGGCCCUGUCUUCCAGGGUUCCUCCAGUCCCAGU